GAUGAGCUACCUUACAGGACAAUGUGGUUUUGAGAUGUGUCUAUGACCAGGGUUUAUUUCCUCGACACAGACAAUGUUUAUUGUUUCUUUUUCUAUUCCUUUUUAGUCUUUUAAGACAGAGAGGCUUCGUAUCUGAAUUUUGUCUAACCACCUUAAAAUCACAGACUGUAUCGUGGUAGAUCUGAUCAUUAGUUUACUUUGAAGCUGAUUUUAGGUCUGGUCUGUGGAGAUAUUGGUCUAACUUUAUCGGGGAAAAAAUACAUCAAUUUGUACCACACAGAAACACAUGGCUCCUCAUCUCCCCCUCCUCCUAGUCAUCUUCUCCAGACUCUCAGGUACUCAGGCAGGAGCGUACGGUGUGUCAACUGUGAGUAAGGUGUCUGUGAAGACAGGAAACUACAUCACCAUCCCAUGUCGCUAUGAUCAGAGAUACAUACAAUAUGUCAAAUACUGGUGUCAAGGAGAUUACUGGAAUUCUUGUUCUGCUCUUGUACGCACGGACCAACCAAAGAUAUCUGGGACAGUGUCCAUCUCUGAUGAUGUGACCCGAAGAAUCUUCUCUGUUAACAUGACUGAUCUGCAGCCAGAGGACUCUGGGUAUUACUGGUGUGCUGUGGAGACUGCAGGACGAGAUCAAAGUACAUACUUGCACCUGUCAGUCACCACAGGUACACCAGAACUCUAUGUGGACCAACAGGAAGUUUCUGGAGUAGAAGGAGGGAGUGUCACUGUCCGUUGUUACUAUAGUAACACUGUGGUUAAGAAGUGGUUGUGGUGUAAGAUGGGUAUCUACUAUGUCCCCUUGGUGGGGAGAUAUUCAGGGAUUUUAGAUGGAACAUCAGUGACAUCACAGCAGACCAUUGAUCACAACAACAGACACAUUUUAACAGUGACUCUGAAUGGAUUGAAUAUGGGAGAUACUGGCUGGUACUGGUGUUCCAGAGGAGAUCUACAGAUGCCUGUUCACAUCACUGUCAAUCAACUGACCACAACACAGAGUACCACACCUGCCUCCACUACCACCCCUACCCCCUCUUCCACCAUCAUCAUCUCCACUGUUAAUCAACUGACCACAACACAGACUGACACCAUCAUUAACAAACAGACCACUCAAGACAUCUCUCUGACCUCGCCCACAACUGUAGAUCCUGCUGUCUCCUCUUCCACCUCUCAGGCCCCAGUCAACAACACACACCAUGUAGCCCAGGGAUGGGAGAGAACACUCUUCUACCUUCCAAAAACUGUUAAUGCAGUGCUCUUCAUCCUGUGCAACGUCAUUGCUGUGGUGAAGUUCAGAGCAACCCAACUCUGAGGUGAAACAGGAAGAGUAGAAACUAGAUUUAUUUAGCAUUUGCAUAUUUUUUAUUGCGGGAUAUGUCUUUACUUUCUUCACAUUUUCCACAUUUAAUUGAAUAUUUAAUUUACUUGCUAAUAAACAUGUUUUACUGUUAUCAAGAUCAUCUGUCACCAAAUUCUGUGAAAUUCCGUGAAUGAAAAUCUGAAAUUCUGAUGUAUCGAAGUUAUUUGCUCUGUUGGAGACAACAAGUGUUUAACAAGAUGUCAUAGCAUGACUUAGUUUACCAGAACCUUGCAGCCUUGUGGUACAGCAGCUUCCUGAGAUAACUAACAGUUUAGGUUGGAGGACAUCUGUGGUUUUGAGCUGCGUCUAUGACCAGGGUUGAUCUCUAAGUGGAAGGAUGUCAUCACUCCAUCUCUGUAGCUCAUGUGCUCUUAAUUCUAUAUAUUUCGCUACACCUGCAAUAACAUCUGCUCAACAUGUGUAUGUGACCAAUACAUUUGAUUUGAUUUGCUUUUGAAUUUUGACUUGUCUAAAUGGUUCUCGUUUUACCCACAAGGAUAGUAAAACCAAACCGCACACACACACACACAAGACAAGGUUACAUUUAAAUGUUUUUUGGUUCAUUUAUGAAUCCUGAGUUCUUGAGUUGCUUCAUUGUUGAUAUUUGAUUGUCUGGUUUUCUGUAACAAAUCGCCUCCUUGUUGAAUCAGAGCCUUGGAGAACUAUUCUGUCUUUACCUUCUCCAGCUUUAAUGGAAUAAAUAAAGGCUUUGCUAAUAAAACAUUUCAAAGACA